AUGCAUCUAACUAACACUCCUUCCGGUACUGGAGGCACCACCUCCACUCCAGAGGGAACCACCAGCUUGAUACAGGACACUUACACGAAAAUGACCAGUGAUAUCCUCGCCGAAAGAACAUUAAACGACUUUUUAAGUGAACAUCCCGGAGAACUGAUUCGAACGGGAAGUCCGCUGUUUGUUUGUACUGUUUUACCGCCUCAUUGGAGAUCCAACAAGACUCUUCCUGUGGCAUUCAAAGUGGUCGCUUUGGGGGACAUUGGAGAUGGGACUGUGGUGACUGUGAAAGCCGGUAAUGACGAGAAUUAUUGUGCGGAGUUGAGAAACUGUACGGCUGUUAUGAAGAAUCAAGUUGCGAAGUUUAAUGAUCUUAGGUUUGUGGGAAGAAGUGGACGAGAUUUCCGAGCUUUAGGAAGAUAA